AUGAAAGUAAUCAUUGCUGGCGCCGGCGUGGCAGGCCCGGCCAUCGCCUUUUGGCUCGUCAAAGAUGGUCACGAAGUCACACUGGUCGAACGGUUUCCCUCACUUCGAACUGCUGGUUUACAAGUCGAUUUGCGCAACGAAGCGAUUGAGGUGGUUCGCCGGAUGGGUCUGCUACAAACCGUCCGUGACCGAUCCGUGCCAGAGAUGGGUACUAUCAUUGUCGACUCCAAGGGUCAGGAAGAUAUUGUGCAAAGGAAACUCCAUACCGAGACGGAAAGUGGCGUGCAAGGAAAGACGAGCGCCUACGAAAUUAUGCGCCGCGAUCUGAUUGAAAUUCUCUACGACGCAACAAAGGAAAACGUGACGUAUCGUUUCGGGCUAUCUGUCGACCACUAUCGAAAUAUCGAGGGCGAUGAGAAUAAUGAGGAAGGUCCCAAGACAGACAAGGUGGAGGUGACGCUCUCUGAUGGUAGCAAAGAGAUGUACGAUCUCUUAAUUGCGGCGGACGGACAGGGCUCGCGCAUUCGCAAGCACAUGUUCUUUUACAGACCAGAAGACGACCAGUCCCGAUGGCUGGGCGUCUUUUCCGCCUACUUUACACUACCGCGAAGAGACUACGACACGAGCUUUUGCCGCAUGUACCACGCGACGGAGCGGCGGCUGGCCAUGACUCGCUGGCACAAGGAGGACCAGGGGCAGGUAUACCUGAUGGCGAUGAGCAACACGGAGCGCUUCCGACGCGCGCUGGACCGGGACGUGGCCAGCCAAAAGGACGCCUUUGCGGCCGUGUUCAAGGGCAUGGGGUGGCAGGAGGAGCGCAUCCUGGCCGCGCUCACCGACGCCGAGGACUUUUACGCCGACGAGAUGCUGCAGCGCCGGAGCACCGUCUGGUCGCACGGGCGCGUGGUGCUCCUCGGCGACUCGGCGUACUGCGCGUCGCCCAUUGCGGGCGUCGGGUCCAGCAUGGCGCUCAUCGGCGCGUACGUGCUGGCCGGGGAGCUGGCGAGCCACGGCGAGCGGGACGUGGCGGCGGCGCUGGCGAGCUACGACGCGACCAUGCGGCCGCUCGUCGACCAGAGCCAGCGCCUGCCCAAACGCUCGCUGCAGGCGUGGCUCCCGCUGUCGACGUGGUCCAUCAAGCGCCUGCACGUCAAGGAAUGGGUCCGCAGCAAGGGCCGCGGCGCGCAGCCGUGGGCGAAAAAGGUCCGCGACCAGCGCUGGCUGCUGCCCGACUACCCCGAGAUGUGCUGGCGCUCGAGGUCCGCGGCCUGGGCGAGCCUGCCGUCGACGGCGCGGUCCUCGCUGACCGAGGACUCGCGCUCGAGGUCCUUUUGGUCGCCGGGCGCGUACAGCGCGACGUCGUCGGUGGGGGACGACAUAUGGCUGCCGUCAUAUGAGUUGCGAAAGGAAGAACGGACGGAGCGGCUUGAUCGGUUUCCUGCUCAUUUCCCGACCGUUGUCUUUGCUGCUUUUGCCAUCUACCUUCCCGCCUUCUUGGCUACGUACCGAGCGGGCCCAGAACUGGAAGUCGUCGAUGAUAAGAUUGACGUCGUUGUAAAAGAAACCACCAUCACCCCCAGUGAUGAUAAUGGCGCUUCGGCCGUUGUUGCCGACGAAGUUGAUGUGGAGGAAAAGGUUCUCCUUCGUGAGAAGCCCGUCUCCAAGUGGAAAAUAUUGGCCUAUGGCGCACCAAGCUCCAGCCAUCAACUCUCCUCCAUCCUAACUUUCCUCAUCAAUGGCAUACUUGUUGCCCUUACUGCCGAUGCCUUGUUUCGCGCUCGUAUCCUUUACCCUGUCGACGAUAUUUCUUUCGUUCGACUGGGCUAUAUCUCCAAUAGUGAAGCCAAGAUGCUUCUCCGGGAGCCUGAUCAGGCGAAAAUGCCAGUCACCGUUGAGACUCGCAUCGCGGAUCCCCAGCCCCCGUUUGAAGACCCCAUCUGGCGUUUGGCGGGCGGGCUUGAGUCAACAACAAGCGAGACUGACUUCACAGGCAUUGUCAAUAUUCCUUUGAGUUCCAAACACACACGCUGGUACGAGUACCGGACCUCCAAUAACCACACCGGACGCUUUCUUUCUGCUCCUCGGCCCGGCCAACUGUCUGACGAGACGGAUGGCAAGUUCACUUUCUUGUCUACUUCGUGCAUUUUGCCGCGUUUCCCGUACAACCCCCUGGACCACGCCUUAGCCAUCCCUGGUCUGCGCCAUCUCGCCGACAAGCUACCUAGCCUGGGUGCUCAAUUCAUGCUGUUCCUCGGCGACUUCAUUUACAUUGACGUGCCGAGCCGCUUUGGCAAGUCAAUCGAUGAGUACCGAAUGCAAUAUCGUCAGGUCUAUGCCUCGCCAGACUGGGCGCCUGUUGGCCAGAAUCUGAGCUGGAUUCAUGUUCUUGACGAUCACGAAAUCUCGAACGAUUGGGAUGCCAACAACAGUGGGGUGUACCAGGCUGCGGUUCAGCCCUGGGCCACCUAUCAGGCCAAUGUCAACCCGCCCAAAGCUCUUCGCGCUGGUUCCAAUAGUGCUCAGCGCCAAGGUGCCACUUGGUACACGUUUGCCCAAGGUCCGGCCAGCUUCUUCCUCAUGGAUACCCGCAGCUACCGCUCGCCUAACAAGGUACCCUUUGAAGACGAAGAGAAGACGAUGCUCGGCGCUGAGCAGCUGGAGGACUUCCUCGCCUGGCUUGCACGCCCGGAACCACGCGGCAUUCGGUGGAAGAUUGUCGCUUCUUCUGUUCCUUUUACCAAGAACUGGCCCGUCAAUGUCCGGGAUACUUGGGGUGGCUUCCUUGUUGAGCGACGCAAGGUACUCGAGGCCAUGUGGGAUGCUGGUGCUCGCGGCUUGGGUGUCCUCAUCCUUUCCGGCGAUCGUCAUGAAUUUGCCGCCACCAAAUUUCCUCCACCUGCGGAUUCAAAAUGGCCUGCUUCUGCUGCUGUGCACGAAAUUUCCACCAGCCCUCUCAACCAAUUUGCUUCGCCGUUUCCUACCUAUCGGCAGACUGAUGAUGAGGACGUCGAGCUGAAGUAUAUCCCGUCUGGCUCUUCCAAGUUUGGAGCUUAUACGAUUGAGAAUUUCGAUGGCGAAAGCCUGCUCCAGUACCAGCUCUUUGUGGACGGCAAGGAGGCCUGGAACACUACACUCGUCGCUGCUAAACCUGCGGGCGGCACAUCUAGAUCUUUCUGGGAUUUCCUCAAGUUCUAG